ACGUACAGGAGGUGGAGCUCGGAGGGCCGGGGGGGCAGGCGAGGCCACGACGCCCCCAUGAUCGCCUACGACGCCCUCCUGGGCUGCGGCGGGGACUGGACGGAGCUCUGCAACCGCUCCAUGUUCCACGGAGGAGAAAGUGCAGCCACGGGGUCGAUUGCUGGCUGCCUGUAUGGCUUGGUCUAUGGUCUGAGCAAGGUUCCCAAAGGCUUGUACCAGGACCUGGAACAACGGGAGAGGCUCGAGUACCUGGGCGAGAAUCUUUACCGGCUCUCCACGGAGGAAAAGUAA